AUGGCAUCUACAUCAACGUCGACAUCAACAUCGACUGCCACCUCCAAAUCAAGCACUACGGUCACUGCCCCAACACAAUCCGCCCUCCAUCUCAGCGCCAACUUCGCAGGCGCGCAUUCCAAGUUCCAUGCGGGAAACCCCAAUGCCGUGGGAUACGACCAUGAGAUAUACCUCCAGUUGACGGCGGGCGAGAAAGCGAAAGAGAAGACGCCGAAUCAGGUAUACCGGGAGGAACGAGCGCGAAGACGCACGACAAGGGCUUUGGAUCCAGCUAUUUUAGAUCCGCAGGGCGAUCCGAGUCCGAUUGACUUUGAAUGCGCCGAGGUUCAGUCAAAGCGAGACUGGUAG